GGAGGUGUGUUACGAAGGCCUGGAUUGCUUCACAGAUGAUCCUCCAUUUGCCGACACACUGGAAAGACCCAUGAAAUACCUGCCAUGGCCACCGGAGAGGAUCGACACUCGCUUCCUGCUCCUCACCAGAGAAAAUCCCAACUGCUAUGAAGUGGUCAAUUCCACCAAUGUCUCCACAUCCAGCUUCAAUACCAGCAGGAAGACUUGUAUGAUUAUCCACGGGUACCUUGAUGACGGCUACGAGAGCUGGAUUAUGGAUCUGUGCAAGACCCUGUUAAACGUGUCGGACCUGAACUGUUUCAGCGUUGACUGGGGCUGCGGCGCCCACGCCAUGUAUAUGCAAGCUGCUAAUAACAUCCGUGUCGUUGGAGCAGAAGUGGCUAACUUUCUCACUGAGCUAAUAGACUCUCUUGGCUAUCACCUGUCCAAUGUAUACCUAAUCGGCCACAGUCUAGGGGCACACGCAGCCGGGGAAGCUGGAAAGAGACUGCCAGGAAUUCCAAGAAUAUCAGGGAUGGACCCAGCUGGACCAUAUUUUAGAGAUACCCCUCCCGAGGUGCGGCUGGACCCUACAGACGCUGACUUUGUUGAUGCCAUUCAUACUGAUGGAUCUGGCUUCUACUCCCAUUUGGGUCUUGGAGGCUACGGAAUGCUGGAGCCGUCUGGUCACCUAGACUUCUAUCCAAAUGGAGGAGAACACAUGCCGGGAUGUAGCAAAAUGCAUAUUAAACAUUAUGACCUCGGUGGCAUAUUUACUGGUAUUGAAAAUAAGGUGACGUGUAACCAUGGAAGGAGCCACCAAUUUUUCACACGGAGCAUUGUCCGUCCCCAUGGGUUUAUCAGUUACCGGGGUUCAUCGUACAUGGCUUUUCAGUCUGUAAGUGGUGACAUCACUCUCGGAAAUAGCCACAUAAGUACACUAUACUAGAAUGGCGAGUAAAUGUUACUGGGAACUGGGCUCCUCAAAUUGUUUGCAUUGUGUGCAUUGUGUACAUAGACUGUAUGUUAUACUGUACUAUAGGAUGAGAAUAAGUUGAACGAGAAGCAAACUCUUGGCUCAGUUUUAACUCAGUGGCGCACCCA